AAGCAAGACGCGCUCCAAGGCAAAGCCAACGAUAUCACAUACCCAGCCAGGAUUAGUCCAGACGCGUGUGUGUGCGUGCGUGCGUGUUUCUGUGUGCGUGUGUGUGUUAGCUAAGACGCGUGUGUCUAGUGCAGCAGUGAGUGUGCGUGAAAAUGACAUUCAGGCAAAAGCAUUUAGUGCUCCUGCUCGGCCUGUGCCUGGCCAUCAGCCUCAGCAGCAGCGGCUGCGAUGCGGCCACCGAGCAGCUAAGCAAUCUACCCGCCAGCAGCAGCCACAAUGCGGGCGCACGCACUCUGCUCCGGGUCUAUGAUGAAUGCAAUCGGGCCGAGAGCGGCUUUGUGCCAUGCCUGAAGAAGAAGGCCAUAUCGUUUAUCGAUCGCAUUGCGCCCAUCGAUGCCAUCAAUGUGGCCGAUGGCAUCAAGCUGGUGCGCCUCGAGACGGCGCCACGCCCACCCGCCUACAGCGACAACGAACUGGAGUCCUCGCUGGCCCGCUCCGGCAGCGAUCGGGAUGCGAAGCUGACGAAUAUGCUGAUUGAACGCUUGAGCUACUUCUUCAACGGGCACUCGCUGCAGGUCAGCUUCCCCAAAUUGACUUCCGAUGAGAUUGGACGCGGACUCGAGGAAGGCCGCGGAAAGAUGAAGAAGAUGGGCAUGAUGAUGGCCAUGAUGAUGGCCACCAAGCUGAUGGGCAUGCUGCCGAUUGCCAUGGGCGCGCUUUAUAUACUGGCGGGCAAGGCGUUGAUUAUCUCCAAGAUUGCUCUGCUCCUGGCCGGCAUCAUUGGGCUGAAGAAACUGAUGGCUGGCAAAUCGUCGGGCGGCAGUUCCGGCUGGUCCUCGGGCGGCGGUGGCGGCGGCGGCUGGUCCUCGGGCGGCGGUGGCGGUGGCGGCGGCGGCUGGGACAGACGUUCCUUGACCGAGGCGCAGGAGAUGGCAUAUCGUGCGCACAGCAGGCAACAGGCGGCCCUUCAGCAGCAGCAGCAGCAGCAGCAGCCACUGGGAACGCAGCCAGCGCUGGUCAAGUCAUAGACGACACACACACACAUAUAUACAGACAUAGAGCGAAACAUAUUCACACACACAAAGUUCAUAGCUCCCUCGACUGCAUUUAUCUUGUAGAUAAAUCUACGGGGGGCUGACAAACUGAGACGAGACAGGGCUGGCAAAUUGUAAUUAGAUUUUCAUCAACUGCUUUCUUCGGCUCACUUUUUCUUUUCGCACACCUCAGCACGGCGAGCAACGGUCAAAUGCGCAGUUGCACCUGCGGAUACAUGGCUGCAAAUGUAUCUGUAACGUGAAGCUAACUUAAUCAUUGGCAUUUGCAUAAUACACAAAUCGAUUUGCGUAAUACGCACCCAGUUCCGCUUCCAUUCUAUGCCCGUUUACAGCUAUUCAAGUGCAACGUCUGUCUGAACUUUAUCUCUCUAUCUCGACUCCGACUCUCUUGGCCAGCUAACUGCACUCCCAGUUCCUGUUAUUUUUCAAUUAUUCAUUCACUCACUCACKUUAUCUUCUUUCAUUCAUUCUGCUCGGCUUCUGCUCUCGUUUCCAGCUCAUUUUUUCACGCGCGCAUUUUUCGAUUAGCUUUAAGCUUAAUUCAUUUAACUGUAGUCUAGUGUAAUAAUUUAUUAACACUAUUUAUUUCUUAACUCUAGACGUGUCUCGCAUGUAAGCAGCAAAGUUUUUCAAGAAACACAAAAGUAACAAAAAAAAAAAAAAAAGAAAGA